AUGGUGAAGGAACUAUUUAAAGCUAAGAAGAGCUCAGCCCCAGAGAUACCUCCCCAAGCUGUAGGGAAGAAAGGCCUUCCUUCUAAAAUGAAAGACCAGCUGAAGGAAAUAGCUCUACGACAAGAUGCUAUACAUGCUGCCCCUUAUCUUCGAGCAGCAGUUCAGAAUGAUCUCCCACCUUUCACACCUACAGAAGAAGAGGAGGAGGAAGAGGAAGAUAGCAGCUCUGAGGGUGAGCCAGUACCAGACCCAGUUGCAGCAGCAGACGGGCAGGAUGAUGAGGACACUAACACUGAUGCAGCUGAUGAUGAUGACCUCUCCUCCAGCUCUGAUGAGGAUGCAAUAUAG